UGUCAAUUUAUGCUUUGUAUUGGAGAGCGCUGACGGCUAGGGUUCGAUGCCAGUCGAUUACUCGAGCAGGACGAUUCUCUCUCUCUCGUGACGUAAAAUCUGGCUAUAAUAAUCUGCACUGUACUUGGAACGGAGGACUCUCAGGCUCGCGCGCCCUCAUUGAUCACUAAAUUCAACAGUAGCAAAGGAGCGAGGUACACAAGAACUGAAGAUGGGAUUUAGAUCACAAAGACAAAAGAGAGCCACUUUUUACAGUCGCCUGGCCAUUGAAUCAAAAAAUAUAAAUUGUAUACUAUCUUGAACAAAAACAUAAUAUUGUAGGCUAAAUCUAAAAGUAUUUGGCAAGAAAUCUGCCAAAUUAAGAUAAAUGGUUAUUGCGCUCUUAAUGUAUGUCGGUCAGCGAUAAUAUAAUGAACAAUAAUUAAUCAUGUCUUUUAGUAAUUUCCUAGCAAUUGGGAACAGUGUGUGAAACACGUUACGCACCCACCCUGUGACAUUCGAGAUUUGUGAAUGAACGGUGAAACCCACGCGUAACGGCGAUGUACACCCGGGACGAGCCUCGCUGCACACCCCGGGAUUGCCUUGCACCAUCGCCACGCAGUUGAGAUAUCACCUCCUCCAAUCUUCAGUAGACUUGAUGGGACACAGUAUCACCACAAGUAUGUUGUGAGCUUGCACUUGUAAGAACGUUAUUUGAAAAACACAUUUUUUUCCCCCAGUGAAACUCAAAGCUAGAGAAAACUACCGCCGCGCAGUAGUCUAGUGGAUGUGUUUUUGACGUAACAAAAUUGUACUGAUGGAAAGAGUAAUAUUUCACCGUGAUUAACGGCGUGGAUUAACGCGACAAGCUGUAGACUAGUCUAUUAAACGGAGGUCUGGACAUUAUGUGAAGGGCUGACAUGGGGGCGAGAGAUAGAGAGACACAUGGCCAGGUAAUAAUGGUAUGAGCUCCGCGCGCACUGCAUGCUCCAACUCUGCCAAACGUCUCGCGGCCUGAGUAAUAUGAGCGUUCGUGAACAUCAUCCAGGAUGUUUUCUGAUCUGGCUGGCCUCAACUACACCUACAACGUGAGCGACGACCCGUUCAGUUUCCUGGACCGGGAGUGGCGCGACGCGCCGAAAGAGACUCUGUCCAGGACUGGCUUCAUCGUGCUCUCUGUGUUCCUGGGCUUGAUCAUGACCUUCGGCUUCCUCAACAACUUCGUCGUACUGCUUCUCUUCUGCAAGUUUAAAACUCUGCGUACUCCGGUCAACAUGCUCCUACUCAACAUCAGCGUGAGCGACAUGCUGGUGUGCACGUUCGGCACCACGCUCAGCUUCACCUCCAGUAUCAAGGGAAAGUGGCUCCUGGGUCGCCACGGCUGCUUGUGGUAUGGCUUCAUCAACUCCUGCUUCGGUAUCGUGUCGUUGAUCUCCCUGGUGGUCCUUUCAUAUGACCGCUACAGUACCCUGACUGUGUACAACAAGCGUGGUCCUGACUACCGCAAGCCCCUGCUGGCCGUGGGGGGCUCCUGGCUGUACUCCCUGAUCUGGACGGUGCCCCCCCUGCUAGGCUGGAGUAGCUACGACCUGGAGGGGGCCGGCACCAGCUGCUCCGUGUCCUGGACCCUGAGGACGGCUCAGUCCCAUGCCUAUAUCAUCUGUCUGUUCGUCUUCUGCCUGGGCCUGCCCAUCGCCAUCAUGGUCUACUGCUACUGUCGGCUACUGUGGGCAGUCAAACAAUUGGUGUGA